CGCCCAGCCCCGGGCCGCAGAGCUGGGCAGCUGCCACCAGCGAAGACACGCCUUCGGCUAGCGCCGCGUCAAUGGAGCGCCCCGGAGCGGGAGGAAUAAAUUCCAGUGAGUGUGAAAAUGUGUCAAGAGAAGAGAAAAUGUCAGAGGAAUUUGAAGCCAGUACUGUGGAUUCGCUGGUAGAUAUGCCAUUUGCUACUAUAGAUAUAAAAGAUGAUUAUGAUAUCACUGAUGUACCUCAACUACAUUUGAAGACAAAUGAAGAAAAUGAAUGCAUCAGGAAAGAUCAAAUAAAGAAGAGGAAAAAAAAGUGUAAAUAUUAUCAACCCAACUAUUUUCUGUCUGUACCGAUCACCAACAAAGGGAUUACAAAAGGAAUUAAGAUCCUGCAAAAUGCAAUAAUACGACAAGAUAAGCGACUGGCCGAAGCAAUGGUCGGUGAUGGUUCCUUUCAUGUUACCCUGCUGGUGAUGCAGUUGUUAAAUGAAGAUGAAGUAAACACGGGUAUUGAUGCGCUUUUGGAAUUAAAACCAUUCAUAGAAGAAAUCCUUCAAGGAAAACAUUUGACUUUGCCUUUUCAAGGUGUUGACAAUUUUAGAAAUCAGGUUGGAUUUGUAAAGUUGGCAGAAGGAGAUCACAUAAACCCACUUUUGGAGAUAGCAGAGACUGCAGAAAGGACAUUUCAAGCAAAAGGCAUCUUGGCAGGAGAGAGCAGAAGUUUUAAGCCUCAUUUAACCUUCAUGAAGUUGUCAAAAGCACCAUGGCUCCGUAAGAAAGGAGUGAAAAAAAUAGAUCCUGAACUCUAUGAAAAAUUUAUCAGUCACAGAUUUGGAGAAGAAAUGUUAUAUCGUAUAGAUCUGUGUUCCAUGGUGAAGAAAAAACAAAGCAAUGGUUACUAUCACUGUGAGUCUUCAAUUAUGAUUGGCCAGAAACCUACUGGAAUCCGGGACUUAAUUAAUGAAGCUUUGCAUCGAGAAAGGAUGAGUCGCAAGUCCAAAGUGAAACAGAUAAAAGAGCUUUUAUUAAAGCCUGAGACUCAGGCCAAAAUUAGGAGGGAGCUUUUUGAAGGAAGACUAAUAAACUACAGGGAUCAAGCAAACAAUGUUGAUUUUAGUGCGACUUUGACAUAAACUCUACAUGGCUAUCAUGGAAACAUGGUUCAUGCAGUCUUUUCAGUUUAUUAGAUAUCUCUUCGGUGAGUACCAAAGAGGUAUCCUGAUAGUGUCAACAUGACAGCAAGCCAACAUUUGGUAAGGAAACAACCAUUUCUUGCCAAAGAAAACUGAUUCUGCUCUAUUAUGUUUUAAGCUGAACCUGUGCUUUAGAAGGAGCCUUGGUGGCUCAGUGGUUAAGCAUUUGGCUGCUAACCAAAAGGUCAGCAGUUCAAAUCCACCAGCUGCUUCUCAGAAACCCUAUAGGGCAGUUCUACUCUGCCCUAUGGGGUCGCUAUGAGUUGAAAUCGACUUUGGUUUUGGUUUUUAUGCUUUAGAAUGUUUGUUUUCUGUAAUGGUGAGAAGUAUUUUGUGAAAAGGACUUAUAAUUAGUUGAUUGUGAGAUGUUCCUUGGGUCUUUACAGAUAAAAAAUACAGACGGAAAAAUCAUUUACUGACAAAAAAAAAUUAGUAUUUUAAGAGUCACUUGACUCCUGUUGACAUGAUUUUUUUUUAAAUCAAAAGCACUGUUUAGACAUGUCUACAUCUAGUGUUAUUUUUAAUAGGAAGUGUGAAUGUUUAUUGAGCAUUAGUACUUGAAUGAACAUUUAUAAAUGUAAUUAUUGUAGUCACUGACGAAGAAUGUUUUACAAUAUCCAUACCUAUUAUUUUUCACUGAUCAAACCAUAGUUUUCUUUUUUAUUUCUUAGUCUGUAAGUAGUUGGGUUUUUUAUUUUCUACUUUUCUGAAGAUAAGCCCUAGGUCUUACCUUUUCCCUUGCAAUCUGAAUUUGUUCACACUGAUAUAUUUUUAAAGAAAAUUCUUGAAAAAUUUCCCCCAUAUGAUGAUUAUUGGUAACAGCUUUUUCUAUAGUCCUGGUAAAAUUGCUGCUACUAAUAGAUCAUGAUAGAGGGGAAAAAUUAUCUGGAGAUUGUUAUGGAUUGAACUGUGUCCCCCAAAAAUAGUGUUGUAAAUCCUAACCUGUGAGACCAAGUAUGAAAGCAUUUCAUAUAUAAAAUCCAGUUUAUUCAUGGAUUUUCGCUAUUUUUUCACUGGGUAAAUUAUAUUACAUUUAUUUAUAAAUGAGUUUAUGUAUUUUUCAUGUCUCUUAAUAAAUGUAUUGUUUUCCCUUUAUUGCCUUUCUGCAUUUUUCCUCUCACUCUUGGAAGUUGUUGGAUCUGUGUUGGUACAAUGAAGUCAUAAACAGGAACUGUGGUAGUUUCAGUAUUUCUUCACUCUUGUGUUCCUAUCAUUCAUGCUGAAAUAGCACAGUUAUCAAAGCACCCAAAGACAAUUGUGAUAGGAACUGUUGUCAACUUUAGACUUUUAAAGCAUUCCAAAUCAGACUGCUCCAGAGACAAUUAACAACAGAACAUUAAAUUUAAAGGGAACCUAAACAGCAACUCAUAAACUGCUAAUAAUGUGUCACUGAAGUGCAUCACUAGCAAAGAUGAAAGGAGCAGGUCUAUCCGGAUGCAAAAACCUGGUAGCUGCCUUACCAUGAAACACCUCCCAGUGGAAGAGGGUCUUAUGUUGUAGAGGGCUUCCUUAAAUCAACCCUUAAAAUAGCAAGCAAAUAUAUUUUUGGUCUCAUUUUUCAAAUGAGAAAACAGACUCAGAGAGAUUGAGUGCUUUAACCAAGGCCACACGGCUAUUAGGUAACUGGACCUGGACUAGAACCUAGGACUCCAUCUCAAAGUUCCAAUGCUAUUUUCAUCAUCCCAUAAUCUAAGCUCACAAUAUUUCAGGAAAGAUAGCACUUCUCAGCAUAUAUUUGUAAAUAUCUUUAUCCUCAGGGAGCUUUCACAAUCCAUCUGGACAAUUUGAAAGGGUAAAAUAGUAUAUAUUUGCAAGCUAGGGUUACAUGUCUUACUGUGGCUUUAGUUAAGAAUCAUGAUUUCUAAUUUGUUAAAUACCUACUAAAUCCUGGGCUGUGUGACAUGUGAUUUAGGCACAUUAUUACAUUUCUUCCCUUCAGUGACCCUGUUAGGAAGUUAGGAGUACUGUUUUACAGAUUAGGAAACUGGGGCUUUAAACGGUGACAUAGCCCAAAGUCAUAAAGCUAAUAAAUAAUAGAGCUAAACUUAAACUCAGGUCUGCCUUUAAAGUUAACACUCCUUCCACAAUGCCACACUGCCUCUCUCCAGCAAGUACAAUACAUUUCACGAGUUAAAGAUGCCUAACAAAGGGGAAGUCACUUUCUUUUGACUAGACCAGCUCCCUUGCAGCCCUGAAAUUCUAUGACGCAUAUGAGGACGGUCAGCUGAUGUGAUGGAAUGGGGAAAAACGUAUUUAGGAACUAAGGGUUCUAAUCCUUAUCAACGAUAUCUUUAUUUACGAGGUUUAUGAAGACAACGGAAAGUAUAAAAUAAAUCUUCAUAGUUCCAUUUUUAAAACCUAAUAAGAUGUCGGUUGACAAAAAUCCA